AUGGAACAGCUUGCAUCAUUAAAGGACUGGGAAGAUGAAAUGAAUAAUAUAACUAAAGGUAAACCAUCAAUCAAAGUAGAAAAUAUAGUGGACUUAGAACGAGCUCCACAAGAGUUUCUUUAUAUAGAUGAUUAUUUACCUGGACUAGGAGUUAUUAUACCAGAAGAACCUCCAAUAGGUUGCGAAUGUUCUACUUGUGAUUCAAAAACAAAAUGUUGCUAUGCUUUGUGUGAUGGAAGUUUUCCAUAUACUUCUGCUUGUAGAAUUCGUGUUCCUCCUGGUACUCCUAUAUACGAAUGUAAUAAACGCUGUAGAUGUCCACAUAAUUGUCAGAAUCGUGUUGUUCAACGAGGUUCACAUAUGAAAUUGUGUGUUUUUAGAACAUCAAACGGAAGAGGUUGGGGUGUAAAAACAUUAAGAGUUAUUAAGAAAGGAACCUUUGUUAUUCAAUAUGUCGGUGAAGUAAUAACAAAUGAAGAAGCUGAAAAACGUGGUAAGGAAUAUGAUGCAGCGGGAAGAACAUAUCUUUUUGAUCUUGACUAUAAUGAAACAGAAGGACAGUGUCCGUAUACAGUAGAUGCUGCUAUUUACGGAAAUGUAUCUCAUUUUAUUAAUCAUUCAUGUGAUCCUAAUUUAGCUGUUUACGCUGUUUGGAUAAAUUGUCUUGAUCCAAAUCUUCCAAAGCUUGCACUUUUUGCUACAAAAGAUAUUAAACAAAAUGAAGAAAUUACAUUUGAUUAUAGAUGUCAAUCAACUAAAGAUGAUUUUUUGCGUCAAAGGCUUGGAUUACUAGGAAAUUCAAUUAAUGGCAAGAUUUCCGAUAUUCGAACUCAAUGUAAAUGCGGUGCAAAUGUUUGUAGGCAAUAUCUUUUUUAA